AUGAGAAGCAAGAGCGCAUCUACUGCACUUGCUAUUGGACUGGUGGCCUAUACGUGUGGGGAUCAGCGGCUGCCCCCCGGCAACGUGGCCGAGUGGUUAAGGCGGUGCCCUGCUAAGGCAUUGGGUUCUGCCCGCGCGAACAUCAGUUGGUUACCUCCCGUGCAGGAAGGCCUAUUGUGGCAGAAGCAGCUUACCUUCCAUCCAGUGCUUAGGCGUUCUGUCUGCUCAGCGAUCGGGUCUGGCUAUAGAGGAGGCGACCUGAGAUAUGUUUUCGACAAGCGUGCUGCAUCUGGGUCUACUAGACAACCCGGCAUGUAA